AUGCGAACAACAGUGUCCGUCUGGUUGGCUUAUAUGAACAGAGGGACUUCAUCAUCGUUUCCACCUUCAAAAGUAGUCAUUGACGCCAUUGAGCUCACGUGGCAGAGUUCAACCUUUCUAAGGCAUGAAGAGCAGUGCAAACGGAAGGAACGACGUCAUUGGAUUGACCGAGACGAGACGACGGCACACAGUGAAUGCCGUGUUGAUACCGAAGAAGAACUGUUCUUAGGAACAUGUGACAGUAGAAGAGUUGGUGCAGUUGGCGUCCUCGUCAGCAAGAGUAAGGCAAAGAACAUCGACCCUUUUGAACAAGUUACGACCUUAAUCGGACAUCUGCAGAUGAGAAGAUGUGGUCUAACGACAGCUUUGACAAACUUCGUCGCUUACGCUCCAAAAUCAAGCUGUGGAGAAGAUGUCGAAGCUUUCUAUAUGGACCUACGAGCACUCGCAAUUCCAGAAGCCCUCCUCUCUACGCUGGACAUGGGAGUCACUCGAGAGGCGAUAAAAGAAGACUUCAAAGAGAGAAGAGCAGAAGUGUUGGCUGAAGAUGCGGAGGCAGGAAAGAGCAUUCGUUCUGCCCGUCAAGAAUUCGCCAAUCGAAAGACGAGGAUGAGUGCUCUCUGGAACCCAUAUGGAAUAGCCACAGCAUCGGGAAAGGGAAUGGAAAAAAUCCUUUCCAGAGGUUCUCCCGAGACCAGCGAGACCGUGUUGCUGUAUAAGAAGGGAGAUCCACAUGACAUCGGCAACUAUCGCCCAAUCUGCUUACUCUCCGUCACUUACAAGCUCUUUACAAGAGUGCUCCUUAAUAGGAUUGAAAAAGUUCGGGAAGAGGGACAGCCAUGCGAGCAAGCAGGGUUUCGAAAAGGAUUCAGCACUAUUGACCACAUUCACACUGUUUCGAAACUCAUCGAGGUAUCACGAGAGUACAAGAUGCCGCUCUGUCUCACCGGCUUGAAGAAGGCGUUCGACUCAGUAGAGACGGAAGCGGUCGUGGAAGCCUUGGACAAUCAAGGCGUCCCUACUCAAAACAUAAAGGUGCUUCGAGAGUUGUACAGCAACUUCACGACUGGAAUUUCACCAUUUUACAAGAAUAUCAUCAUUGAACGAAAUGGGAGCGGAGGUGAUGGUCGGCAGCUACACCAUUUACGCUUUUACGCUUUACGCAUUUAUGCUGACAUUGUACUGAUAACAUCUAGCAUCAGAUAA